UCAAACAGUAGAAAGUUAUAAACGCAUAGGAGCCUCAGUGUGUGUCGUGCUGUCUUUCUCUGAGAAGAUAACGGUUUAUGUGUUAGAUUUGAGCAAUCUGAAUAAGCCCUGUCAUCCAUGUGGGCACAUACUGUAGACGAGAGAAGCUGUCAGAAGUGCCUGUCAUUACAAAGCUGACAGUCUUAUUGUCAAUCCUACAUAGUUGAGCAGAAUCCAGGGAAGGACAGAUGAGGCCAACAUUGCAUGAGUUCUGAGGCGCUAAAGGAGAAUCAGGGAGCUGUACGAAUGAACAGUAUUUCUGAAGCCGCUUGUGACAUUUUCGCAUUGGAUCAGCCAACUGGCAGGCCCUCGAUCCUGCGGCAGUCCCAGGCUGACAACAUCAGCAGGACUGCGCAUAGAGGAGCAAAGGUUUGUUUUCAAACUCCACGGCGGGACCCAGUCACAAAGAAGAUCAUGUCCCCGAGCCGCACCAGUAGGCCAUCCAGCCAGGAGGACAGCAGUAAAGCACUGGAGACUCUCACGGCCUCUACUGACCAGACAUCACUGUUAAAUAACGCUUCCACCGCACCGAUUGACAUCCAGAGUAACAGCGUUGCUUACCCUGAUGAUGAUAUGCCUGUUCAGAGCAGAGGUGCCUAUACCCUCGAUCUUGACAAUCUAGAUGCCAUCAACCCUUUCCAGGGCUCCAGUAAAAUGCAGAAUUCUCCUCCUAAAUCUUCUGCUUUACCCGAGUCUUGGAUAUCAGAGCUUGUAGAGUCGGAUACAACCGCAGCCCCUGUUUCUGCACCUCAGGCUGAGGUUCCAGAGGUGACUGAUGCUGGACUUGAUGAGACCCUUCCCUUUGUCCCAUCAGUGGAGAAUUCUCUUGCAGAAUGUUCUGACAACAUAUCUUCAGCAGAGGGCACCGUCAUCCUCAAAACUGACAACAUUGAAAACAGCGCAACAGAUGUGGAAGAGUCCGAUAUGAUCGAACCAGCAAAAGUGCCACAGCAGAUUCCUAUUUUGGAAGAUCAACCUGAGGCCCAAGACUCACCACUACCCCCUGCGGGAUCCUACAACUUGGAUUUUGACAAUCUUGAAUCGCUCAACCCAUUUCAAACUGGUGGCUCAAAGAUCCCAAACUCUCCUCUGAUUGGCAAGGCAUCAGUAGUUUCCGAUCCACCCCUGCCAAGCCAAGAAGUUAAACAGGAACCAGAGCUUUCAGUCCAGACCCCAGAUGUCCCAACAUCUUCAGAUACCCCCAUGCCACCUCAGGAGAACUCCACAGCCACAGAGGGCUUAUCUACAGUGCCCCCUAAAGAGAACCAGAUGCUACUAGAGUUUAAUUUUGAUGAUGGUACUGAAGUCAAGCGCAAACCUCCUCCGAAACGUCUUGGGGUCAAAAGACCUGCAGGUGCAAAACCUGUGACGAAAAAACCAGUUGCACCAACCACAGAAAAGAAAGAACCAGAACCCAAGCAGUUGUCUCCUAAGAAUCCAGAGGCGACAGAACCUGUGGACAUUCCUACGUCUCAAGGUUCUUACACCUUUGAUUUUGACGACCCAAACUUUAACCCUUUUGGCACAAAGGCUAAGAUGGGUAACUCUCCACCACGUGGUGUCCAGACCAGCCCAGUUUUGAUGAAAGCACCAGCUCCAGUUCAACAGCCUGAGGCUCCUGCACAGGAUGACCAGUCUGAAACCCCUGCACAAGAUGACCAAUCAGAGCACAGGUCUCCCCCAGCAGUUUCUGAAACCGAUGGGAACAUGGCAGAAAUUGAUCUUCCUGUCACUAAGCAGCUGGCAGAAGAUGUAGAGUCAUUCACUGUGUCCAACACAAACAUACCCCAGAAUCCAGCAACACAGGAACCAGAUCUCAUGUCAACAUCAGAAUUUAAAGUGGAUCUACAGAACCAGACCUGUGAUCUUGGUGUGGCAGCACCAAGUGAAGAUGAAUUUGUGCCGGGAGCAUUGUUUAUGCCAGGGGGAGAUUUUGAUGGGCAGAUUGAUUAUCUGGAGCAGUUUGGAUCAAGCACUUUCAAGGAGUCUGCCUUGCGGAAGCAGUCACUAUAUUUGAAGUUUGACCCACUGUUGAAGGACAGUCCAAAGAAAACUGGAGUGGACAGUGGCAACUCUGGAUUUAGCCUGCCACGGCCUUCUCUUGCCAUCAGAAUGAUGGAGGCUGCGAAGUCUGAAGUAAAGCAGAAGUCUCACAGUGACAGUUUGAAGCUGCUGGAUGAUUUGCCUCCACCAGUAGUGGAAGCUGUGGUGCCAGAUCCAACUGUUCUGGAUCUGCUGGUUCCCACUUUAAAACAGCCGGUGAAGACUGAGGACUCCAUCAUAGAGGUUCUCAAGUACAGUCAGAGAGACAUGGAUGCUGCAUUACAGAAAGCAGAGAGACAGGCGGAGGAACGGCAACAAGAGCUUAAAACUCAGAUUGAGAAGCUGCAACUAGAGAAUCAGCACAUGUUGUUUAUAGUGUCAGAAUUUGAGGCCACCAUCACUCAAAUCACAGAUGAGCAUAAACAGAAGGAAGAUUUGGCAAAAAUGGAGUUGGAGCGAGUCCUUCAGGAGAAAGAUCAGCUGUCCAAAGAGUUGAAUGAGUUGGAGAGAUCCUUCUCAUCUGUUGUCAAACGCCUUGACAGAUGCAAGGAAGUCAUCGAGGGCUUCAAAAAGAAUGAGGAAACUCUAAAGCAGUAUGCACAGAACUGCAUGGACAGGCUGCAGAAAGAAGAAAAGCGUUAUCAAGCUUUGAAGGCCCAUGCUGAGGAGAAACUAGAUCAAGCGAAUAAGGCCAUAGCUGAGAUUCGUACUAAAACGGGCGCAGAGGUGGCAACACUGGAGGUGCAGCUCAAGAGAGAACAGCUGAAAGUUCAGUCCCUAGAAAAGGAUCUGGAACAAAAGGCAAAAGAAGUCAAAGAUGUCACAGAACUGUGUGAUGAGCUGCUGCUUAAAGUGCAAAAGCAUGGUUUUUAGUGUAUUUUGUGUUCAUUAUUUGUGUUUGUUUGUUCGUUAUUUGUAUUUGUUCUAAGCAAUUUUAAUAAAUAAUAAAAGAACGUUAUGAAA